AACAAUGUUUUGAAUGAGAAAUGACGGACAACAAAUCUGUUUCAGACGAACGAAAGCGUAGAUUAGCUCUUGCUCUUACAAUUUUGGAAUCCUCCGAAUCAAACGAUUCCACCGACGAUGAAAUUUUGCAGAUGCUUAUCAAAGAAAGGGUGUUUCGCCCAAAACACAAGAAACGACAAAGUAUAAUGGAGUCGUACACCGAAGAAGACUUUCGAAGUGAAUUUCGCAUGAAACGAGAAACCUGUUCCAAAAUUAUUAACGACUUUGAGAAAUCACUCUUUUAUCCCAAAAAUGAUUCACAUGGUGGAACUCCAAAGUCUUCUGCAGAAAAUCAUGUCUUAUCAUUUCUAAAGUUUGCUGGAAACAAGACAUGUAUAAGUGAUGUUGCUAGUCAAUUUUGCAUUGGAGAAUCAACUUUUCAUCGGCAGUGUGGGCGUGUAAUGAAUCAUCUUAAUGACAUUGCUCCUAGCAUUAUUAGAUUUCCUAAAGAUCAUGAAGAAAAGACAGCAAUAGCACAUCCUUUUGAACAAAUAUCCGGUUUUCCUGGUGUAUUGGGUUGUAUCGGAAGCACCUACAUUCCUAUUCGAGCACCAGCGAAUAAAAAUAAAUCUAGCUAUGUGAAUCACCAGCAACAAAUUUCGAUAACGUUACAAGGCAUCUGCGAUGCAAACGGAAUGUUUUUGGAUGUAUUCACUGGCCCACCAAGUAAAAUUCAUGAUGCACGUGUAUAUAGGAUUUCCUUUGUCUACCAAAGACUGCCUGAACUUUGUUCGGGUGAUCUUCAUCUGAUUGGUGAUGAAACCUACCCGUUAUCUGAUCAUAUGAUGGUACCUUACCGGGAGCCAAACGACCAAACAAGCAUAAACUAUAAUAACGCUUUGCAACUAUCUCGGGAACCGAUAGAGAAAUCUUUCCGCCUUUUAAAGCAACGUUUCAAACAACUGAGUCGUCUUGAUUUUCAUCAAGUUGACACAACCACCAAAUUUAUGAUCUCUUGUUGCGUCUUGCAUAACCUUUGUAUCCUCGAUAAUGAUUUUUUAUUAGAAGAAGUCGAUGCCCAGACUUGCCAGUUCGAUGGCAACACAACACAUCAUUUCCUUGAUAAUCUAUGUUACGAAGCGUCUGAGCCUUUUGAAUUAACUUUGGAGGAGUUGCAAAGCAAACAAAUGGGUGAAAUAAAACGAAAUCGGAUUUCCGCAGAGUUAUGGGUUAAGUAUGGACAAAGCUGAUCUAUAAUAAGUACUAAAAAAUGAACCAUUUUGCGCUGCUUCUCUACGACGUUUUGAUGUAGCAAAGGAAACCGGAGCACACCCACAACCAAAAGCACAUCGAAAAACGUGUGGGAGCUUAGUGCUUGCUUCUAUAAAAAUAGAUAUUUUAGUGCAACUGAUUUCUCCUAUGGUCGUAUGUAGUAGUUCUCUG